AUGAGCUCGCAGCGCUAUCAACGGGUGAAUGCCCGUGACGAAGAGGACGGCCCUCACUCCUAUCAGAUGAACCCUGCUCGAUCCGAUCUCGCCUCGACCUCUCCGCCGCCCUCAUUCCGUUCUCGUUCAUCCUCGCCAUCAUCGAGACGAUUACUCCAUAACGACCCACUCCGCAACGAUGACCAGGAGCUAGCCGACGCCUUCGGAGACGAGGACGAUUCUGACGACGACGACGAGCCAGAUGACAGGCAGAGGUUGAUGCGGGCCAGCCCCGAUGGAUGGGCGCCACCGGACCAUGGACAGACCGCGACGUCUUCGUCGUCGGAAUCUAGGAACGAUGCGCAAGAACCAUCCCAAGGAGCUCCUGGGCUCCCUCGAAGGCAGACGAUGAUGCCGACUUUCACUACCCCGGGAUCAGGGGGCAGUCGAUCUGUCGCUCCUUCGAAUGACGGGGUCUUUGCCAAUCUGGCGGCCAAGCCAGAACGAGGCGAGAAGAACGAGGAUUUGCCUCCGUCCUAUGAAGAGGCCGCCGCCGAUGCUACCCCCCCGUACUGGGAAACCACGAUUGUGGCGCCCGGCAUCGCAUCCGAUGAAGUAUAUGUGGACGGGCUGCCCGUUGGUUCCGCCUUCUCAUUUGUGUGGAACGCGAUGAUCUCGAUGUCGUUCCAGCUGGUCGGCUUCCUGCUGACUUAUCUCCUACACACCACCCACGCCGCCAAAAACGGCAGCCGAGCGGGUCUCGGUCUUACCCUCGUUCAAUAUGGCUUCUACAUGAAGGGCAGUAGUGAGUCCUCUGGCGGUGAUGGUGCAGGCGGCGACCAAUACGUGCCGCCACCGGAUCCCAACAGCCAUAGCUUUGAUCCCAGCUCGGUUGGUGACAACUCGGGAGGUGAUGGAGGGGGCGCUAUAUCGGCGAUCAGUACCAGCGAAUGGAUAUCUUAUGUACUCAUGAUUGUUGGCUGGUUCAUUCUGAUCCGCGCGGUUAGCGACUUCCUUCGAGCCCGGCGCCACGAGCAACUGGUGCUGCAGAGCCCGGAUCGCGGCUUGGGUGUGCCAGUGAUUGCAGAGGGCGAGCGGUCCGAGACCGUCGUCUAA